CGUCUGAAACCUACGCGGGAGGCUGGCUUGGCUUAACUAUUAACCCUCCGAGCGGCGCUGGCCAAGUAAAGAUCGCGGUAAUGCGAUUGAAAACUUGGACACUCAGAGCCUUCAGCGGCUCUGCUCUUUCACCAGGAUAUUGGUUCGCUUGUCUGGGGCUCAUUGCCAUGCGAAGGGGCUGACAUCAGAGCACCUUUUGUUGCUAAAAGCUUUCUCCGAGAGAGAGCCCGAACUAGCAGUCAUGUGGAGUUGGGAGAGUCCAUGUUGGGAAAAGGGCAGAAAGCGAGAGUUGUCGACAAGUUGAAACCUAACACCUAGCCGGUUCUCAGUUUGAGCUGGGAGAAUCUCGCCACGCUUUUUCUACCCAGACGUCUUUUGUGCUCGCCGAAAGAAGGAAGGGACCCCCAUCUUUUCUCCUGAACACUGGAGCAGGGUUUCUUCGACCACCCCCACAGAAAGAGCGUGGUUGCGCCUCGCUUGGCUCUGCCAUCCUGUUGCUUUGCCGCGGCAAGUGGGCAAAGUUUGUGCGGGACAUGGAGGAUCUCUGGCGCGCGAAGGAGAGCUGAGCCCGAAUCCGGCGGCACUUCCCAAAGGGCCCCACAGCCUCCCACCUUCUCUUGCGGGGCGUCCCUGCGGGGAGGGAGAGCCGGGGAAGGACGGGGCGGCAUGCUGGAGAGGCUGGCCAGAAGCUCGGGCUAGGAAGGCUGGACUGGCGGCCAGGCGGGAGGGUUUGAGGCUGUGGGGUCGCCCUCGGCCAGCGCCACGCUCCUGUGCGCGGCUCGUGUGCUGAGCCCCGCUCGCUGAGAGGAACCGGGCGAUGGAGGAGGAAGAGGAGCAAGCCUCGGGUGCGGAGUCCCAGGCGGGCGCGAGCGGCAGCGACAGCGGCGGCGGCGUGCCCGAGAGUUUCUCCAGGCUCUGGACGGAUGUCAUGGGGAUCUUGGACGGGUCAUUGGGCAACAUUGAUGAUCUGGCUCAACAGUAUGCAGAUUACUAUAAUACCUGUUUUACUGAUGUGUGUGAAAGGAUGGAAGAGCUGCGUAAACGAAGGGUAUCCCAAGACCUUGAUAUGGAGAAAUCUGAUGCCAGCUCCACAUCCCUACAGCUGCAAUCCCAGAUUGAAGAAUCCCUUGGCUUUAGUAGUAUAGCAUCCACACCAGAAACAGAAAGAAAGUUCUCUCUUCAUAAAUCAAGUUCUGAAGAAAGUGCAGUUGGUAAAGUAGAUUGGAAAAAGAAGAAUAAAUACUUCUGGCAAAACUUCCGAAAGAAUCAGAAGGGACUAAUGAGACAGUCUUCAAAAGGGGAAGAUGUUGGUUACGUGGCAAGUGAAAUCACAAUGAGUGACGAGGAGCGGAUCCAGUUAAUGAUGAUGGUCAAAGAGAAGAUGAUUACUAUUGAGGAAGCUCUUGCAAGGCUUAAGGAAUAUGAAGCUCAGCAUCGGCAGCCAGGAAACAUGGACGCAUCUGAAUGGUCUGAUAGUCCUUACCCAACUUUCGAUGUUUCUUCCAAUUGCAAUUCAAGAGAGCAAUCAGAUGAUGAAUCAGAAGAAUCGGUGAAGUUUAAGAGACUGCAUAAGUUGGUCAACUCAACUCGCAGAGUGAGAAAGAAAUUAAUUCGAGUGGAAGAAAUUAAAAAGUCCAGCACUGAAGGUGUGGAUGAUAACUCCCUUGACACUCCUGCAGGACCAGAUGGCAGAUCGGCACUUUACUCUGGAAUUCACAAGAAACAACUCUUUUUGGAUAAUUCCUCUGACAAACAGCCAGAUGAUGAAAGUGACUCACUGACCAUAUCUCCUUCAUCCAGCAGCCUGGACACUUGGGGUACGAACAGGAAAUUGCUUAAGACCUUCAGUAAAUCUGAUAGUCGUGGCCUUAUAAAACCCCCAAAGAAGCUUGGGACAUUCUUUUCCUAUCCAGAAGAGGAGAAAAUACCAAAAGUUUGCCGCUCUUUGACAGAUGGAGAAAUGAAGAACCUUGGCUCUCUCAGUCAUGGGAGAACCUGCAGCUUUGGUGGCUUUGAUUUGGCAAAUCGUUCAUUGCACAUUGGAAACAGUUCAGAUCAGAUUGGCAAGGAUGGAGAUUUUGUCUACAAAGAAGUGAUCAAAUCCCCUUCGACUUCCCGCAUUUCCCUUGGUAAGAAGGUGAAAUCCGUAAAAGAAACCAUGAAGAAAAGAAUGUCUAAAAAAUACAGCAGCGGCAACUUGUCAGAGCAGGAACCCAAUCUGGAUGCAAGGCCAGAGUCUCUUCAGGCACCACAGCCAGAUACCGAUUCUUUGGAUAAACCAAAAUUGAAAGCUGGUGGUUCAGUAGAAAGUUUGAGGAGUUCCCUAAGUGGCCAGAGCUCAAUGAGUGGGCAGACAGUAAGCACGACAGACUCUUCAACCAGCAAUAGAGAAAGUGUUAAGUCUGAAGAUGGUGACGAUGAAGAACUUGCAUACAGAGGGCCUUUUUGUGGCCGUGCCAGGGUUCACACUGACUUUACCCCCAGCCCUUAUGAUACAGAUUCUCUUAAACUCAAGAAGGGUGAUAUUAUUGAUAUAAUUAGCAAGCCUCCCAUGGGUACCUGGAUGGGUCUUCUGAACAACAAAGUUGGUACUUUCAAAUUCAUCUAUGUGGAUGUGUUAAAUGAAGAAGAAGAGAAGCCUAAAAGGCCCACGAGGAGGCGCCGAAAAGGAAGACUACCUCAGCCCAAAUCUGUGGAGGAUCUCCUUGAUCGCAUCAAUUUAAAGGAGCACAUGCCAACCUUUCUUUUCAAUGGCUAUGAAGACUUAGAUACCUUCAAGCUCCUGGAGGAAGAAGAUUUGGAUGAGCUCAACAUUCGGGAUCCUGAGCACCGAGCUGUUCUCUUGACAGCAGUGGAGCUCCUACAGGAAUAUGACAGUAACAGUGACCAGUCAGGCUCCCAGGAGAAACUCCUUGUAGAUGGCCAAGACGUGAGUGGAUGUUCUCCCCGGGAUUCAGGCUGCUAUGAAAGCAGUGAAAACUUGGAGAAUGCUAAAAUGCAACAGCCUUGCCUCCUGCCGUCAAAAUUAGCCAGUGAAUAUAAUUUGAAGGAUUUCCACCGAAACCCACUAGUGAAUUUUCCAAAUCUACCCUUAACUAAAUCAACAGACGCUUUUCAGCAAGAAGAGAAGACCCAGUUCAGCUCUGUGCAUCAAAUUUCAAAAAGCUGUCUCAAGCCUCCAGCAGCCAUGGGUUUCAAGAAGAAAGGCAGAAGUUUGCCAAUUGGUAUCUAUCGAAGUUGGGAGAUUUUAGAAAGUGCCCCGAGUAUGCCUAUGUGGCCAAGAUCCCAUUCUCUUGGAGAUCUUCAUGGAAACAUUGGCGCUGAUAAUAUAAAAUCAGUGGAUACCUUACCUUUGGAUUCAACAAAAAAGUCAACUGAUUCUGAAGAUGUUGAGCAGAUGAUAAAACUGAUGAUGGCUAAUCAAAGAAAAGGGGUUGUUGAUGCACUUAAGGGGGAAAAAAAGGAAUUCCAUUUCUCAGCAACCAUGCCUUCUACUAGAAUGCUUCCUCGGUGUUUGACUCAGAAUUGUGAUAUUCGGACAUCUUCACUUUCAUAUGGUAUGACCUGGACUCCUUUUGAAAGCUGUAAAAAAAGCACCCUUGAUCUUGGAAAAGCUAAUCGUUCUAUUUCCAAAGAGAAUAUGGAAACUGAUCAGAAGGAUAUGGGUGAAGCAAAAAUGCAACCAAAAGCAUCUUCACAGCCACCACCAGUCCCUGCAAAAAAAAACAGAGAACGCAUUUCUAAUGGACACUGUCAUCUCCCCUCAGCCCUUUCUUGUUCAGAUGUACCAUCCUUGCCAGCAAAAAAACUUACCCCAUCUGGGUCCUCCAGUUCCCAUGAACUGACUGCAUACAGAACAUUUCCUGAUCAGGAACCCAAAAGUCCUUCCAGCAUAAGGCCUCCUUGGUUGUCAGACCUUCCAGAAACAGCUAGUGUCCAGCAACAUGUGUUAAAGCUAGAUCCUUCUUCAGUAAGGAAGAUAUCCUGUAACAGAGGACUGGAUCUUGAAAUGUUGAUAGAAAGCAAGCUGCAGUCUGAAGAUAUUGAUCUUACAGAGGAGCCAUAUUCUGACAAGCACGGCCGUUGUGGGAUUCCUGAACCUUUGGUGCAAAGAUAUGCUGAAGACUUAGAUCAGCCUGAAAAGGAUGUUGCUACGAACCUGGACCAAAUACGGGUGAAGCAGCUGAGAAAACAGCACCGUAUGGCAAUUCCAAGUGGCGGCCUCACUGAAAUUUGCCGAAAACCUGUAUCCCCUGGAAACAUCUCUUCCAUAACUGAUUGGUUGGUUUCUGUGGGCCUCCCAAUGUACUCAGUUUCUCUCAGAGCUGCAGGAAUCCAUGAUUUAAGUAAAGUGCCUUCUCUGUCACAAACUUUGCUUCACGAGGCCGGCAUCACUGAAGAGAGGCAUAUAAGCAAGCUUUUAGCAGCAGCAAGACUUCUGAACCCAGAGACAAUUUAACCUAUUCUGGAAUAUAGUAUCUUUCUGUUGGAAAACCUACCAUUUCUUUUAAAAGCAAUUUCAUCAUUAAUUGCCCCAAAAAACAGUUUUGGGAACAAGCAAAUCUGGUCCUUCAGAAGGCUGGAGAUCUUUAUGGUUUCAUCCUGCUCCAUAUAAAGCUGUAGAAUUGGCUGUCCACGACAGGGAAGCGGUAUGACCUGUUUUUUCCUCAAAGAAAAGGCACAACAAAUUAUAUUAGUUUGCUAAGGACUCCUAAGCUUGCUUUUGGCCAUUAAAAAAAAGAGAACUUUCUAUAUUCUUGAAAAUUCAACAAGAACAACAGCAAACAUCUUCAGUUUUUCUUCCAGAAAUGGGGGGAGGUAGCAAAUAGUAGGCCUCUAGAUACUUUGGUUCCAUUCAAAGGCUAAAGUGUAGCUAACUGACCAUUAAGGAUUUUUAGCCCUAAAUGUACAUUCAAAUUCAUGUAUCCUACUGAGGGAAAAUAUAAUUACGAGCAAACAUAUUAAGGAUUAAUUCUCUAAUAGAGGUUCUUUCCUCAUCCUUUCCAUUUCAGCUAUUUAUAUAAAAAUAUAUUCAUAAAGCUCUACCUUCCCAGUAGUUUCCCAGAUGCCGGAACUGGAAGUCAGAGGUGAUGAACACAUAGCUUUUGAACUUCCCCACAAACAGAAGAUGAGGCAUAGACCAAUAGUUGAGGGCCCCAGAUUUCCAUCUGACUGUAGCUAGGUCAGAGUUCCAAACUAGGUAUAGCUUACCUAUUACUCAUUGCAACUUACCAAUUUUUUUAAAGCUCCUUGUUUAGAAUAAAGGUAAUUUUGUAAAGUUUUGUUUAGCAACCAGUUUUGAUUUGCCUUAAAAUGCUUUUGAGCAGUUUACUUACCAGCCUCCAGGUUUAUAAGACCUUUCAUUGUUGCAGUUUUAAUUUAGCAACAGACUUUUAGUCUAAAGAUUUCCUGUAUCUCAUAACAUCUCCUUUUGUAAAGUUGCUUUUUUGAAAUCACAGACUUUAGUUCUCAGGCUAACAAGAUGUUUAUAGCAAUUAAUGUUUGUUGGCAUUACUAAAAGGCUGAAAGAUACUUUGCCUUUUGUAUGUAUAUAAAUAUAUAAAUAUGAUAAAAAUGCUUUUCCAUGUUAAUUGCAAUUUUGUGUACUGUGAUGCAGUGUCGUUCGGUUUGCUGCAGCUUUGACUUGGUAUCCUGACCAAAUCAAUGGGACAUUGGUUCCUCCUCCUGCCCCAAAAGACAAAAUUACUGACUAAAUAAGCAACAUACCACCCAUCACCCAGAGAAUCAGAAAAAUAACUCAGUUUCAGUUAUUUUGGGGGGGGACCCUCAAGCUAUAAUUCCUGUAAAAGUAGGUAAAGCAUGUCUAUUAUUAGGUGUUGAAAUGACUUACUAGAAUGGGCUGCUGGAGCAAACUGGUUUUGUUUUUUUUGUUUUGCAGUACCAUGUUCUUGUUUACUAAAACUAUUAAACUAUACAGUGUAAAAUCUCUUCCUUGUUUCUGUGGAUAUAGAUAAACUUUAUUUUUGUACAUGAUCAGACAUACUGUAUACCAAAUAAGCUUGACACUUCGAUUGUCCAGUAGUAUCUACUAACUACUAACUAGCUACAAUAAUGAAGGCUUUUUCAGGAUAAGUAAUGCCCCAAUAGUUUGAAGAUGUAAUGGACUCGGUCUGAGCCUGGGAACACAAAGCCUGAUUUCACUUAGGUUCUCAUCACCUCUCUGUGCCUCCCUUUGCAUUACCUCUAAAACGGAAAUAGUUUUACUUCAAAAGUGCAAUAUUCAGCUUAGAACAUUUCCACAAAGCAUAAUAUUGCCUUUCCAAAAACUCUUUCUCACCAGGUAUCUUUCUUCUUCCUACUUUCUUUAAGAUAUUUAUCAGGUAUUUGAGGAAUUUUACAAAAAAAAAAAAAAACCCUCACCUUUCCAACUUUCACCUAUUUUAUCUGUUUACUCUGACAAGCACAAAAGUGAUUAAAGAUUUCUGCUUGCUAAAGGAAAAAAGGAUUGCGGUGAGUAUUUCUUCACAUAUACAAAUUUAUUAUUUUUUAAUUAAAUGAAUGAAUGACCAUAUAUGCAGAGAGAUAUAGUGCUCUGCAUCUAGGUUGUGUGGUUAUAAACUUGUAAGAUUUGCUGGAUUUUUCAUCUAUUUGUAAUAUAUGUACAUGUUAAUUUUAAAAAAAAAUUAUUACCAUAAAUGGUGAUCCAGUGGAUGCUGAAAGUGAGCCACAGAAAUAUGUCAGAUAUAAACAGUGCCAUUAUGGGUUCAUGUUUACAGAAUCACAGAAUGACAAAAAAAUCAAUAUUUUAUACAUCUCAAGAAUUAUAUUCAUGAGGAAGGAAACAAUUUGUUAAUCUGGGAUCAGAGGGUUUUUAGACACCAUUCAUGCACGAAUCCAGUGCCAGUUUUAUUGAUAUUGCUAUAUACUGUUUAAAAAUAAUUUUAAUGUGUUGUUUAAUCUUUUGUUUCACUCAGACACACACACACACACACACACACAGACCCAAUUCUUAUGUAUAAGAAUUACAUAUUAUUAUAGUAUACAACUGACGCAACUGCUGACCAUUUCCCUGGUAUUCAUAUUGAUUCUGAUAAAGCGUUAAAUAAUUUAGUAUUUCAUGUUGUAGAGGAAUUCUAGGUGACACAAGAACCCCUAGGUUGGAAACCAUCAACAUUAAGCUAGACUCUUGUAUUGAUCUUCUGCAGACAAGAGGACCAUUUUAAUAUAUACGGAGGAUGGUUUUUAACCAGCAGUUAAUCAAAGAGUCAGCAGGGCAUGCUUCACAGUCCUCCUGAGUAUUGUUCUAAUUAUAAGUUUGCCUUUGGGUGCAAGUGGUAAUGCUGUAAAUAAAGAUAUCAGAGCACAAAUCCUCAUUAAUCUUAUUUAUGCAAACUGUAGUGGAGCAAUAAAGGUCAAUUCACCAAGUCAUAGCUGUACAUAUGUAUUGUAUUAUUUUUAAGCAACAUAUUUUGUUCAUGCUAAACCCUAACUGCAAUCUCUCUUUGGGAAUUAAAAAAAAAAAAGCAAAGUA